AUGGCAAGCUUCCGAGGCAUCUCGCUCCACAUGACGGUCUACAUUGACCCAGCGAAACUCCCUACGUUCUGGGAAGCAUUCAAACCAGUAUACGAGCAUGUCAUCGCAGAGCCAGAAUGCACCUUCUUUGAAGUGUAUCAAGACCCUGAGAACCCCGGGACCAUCACGUGGGUGGAAAACUGGUGCGUCCAAGCGAAUAAGCCGUACUACCAAGAGUACUUUGCGAGGACGGUGCCGUUGUACCUCAAACCGCGAGAGGCCAAGGUGCUGGAUCGUGUUGGGGCGCCGUAUGUUGCAGUGAAACCGGAGAAUGGGGGUAUAUAA